AUGGACAUAUCGUUCCUCGUCCGUGUUGACCACAUGAAAACCCCAAUCACGGUUUUGCCACCUUCCGCAGAUGCAUAUAUUCGGCCGAGGAAAGAGGUGAUGCUGCGUUUGUUCAAUCACAAAAAUGACAAAUGGAUAAUCGUUGCUGGUCUUAGUCUGGGCAACAUCAUAUUUGACAGUGGUUGGCGUCGGUUCCUUCACGCCAACGGAAUAGAAGAGGGGGACACCAUCGUCUUUAAACAUGUUGCUAUGGAUCUGUUUGAAGUUAUAUUUUUUUAUAAGAAAGGAAGCAUAAAAUCUACUCCUGCCAAGGCAGAUCUGCCGCCGUAUCACGGUCCAAUCGAUUUUAUGACUUAG